AUGUCAUCCCGAGCCGUGUUUCGCACGUCGAUUCUGAUCGUAGCCUUGAUGUUCCUAGUCGCUACCACAACCCAUGCUACGAUUAUCACCAACGACACGGCUCAUUUGGCCGAUGGAAGGUUUGAUUAUAUCAUCGUCGGCGCGGGUCUGACAGGUAUCACCGUCGCCAACAAGCUCAGCGCCGCCAAUCACUCAGUGCUGUUGAUUGAGGCAGGGCCUGAUCCGAGCUGGAACCCAGCCGUCUACAAUGCCGAGGAGCGUGGUGACUUGAAUGGUUACUGCAAUUGGCGCUAUCCGGCUUACAAUGAGUCUGGGGUUCGUCUAGAUUGGGAAAUCGAUUCUGGCAAGUGUGUUGGGGGUGGAACGUCAAUAAACGGGAUGGUGUGGUACCGGCCAACAGAGAUAGAGGUCAAUAAACUGCAAGAUCUUGGGAAUCCCGGGUGGAAUUGGGCUGCGCUGGAACCUUACAUGCAAGCAAUCGAGAAGUUCCAUCCCCCUGAUGAAACUCAAUCCCAGCAAGGUGCAGGCUAUGAUCCUGAUGUGCAUGGCUAUGUUGGAGUCGUCAACGUCUCAUUCCCGACGCCGAUGCGCAUCCCGAAAGCACAAGUAAUAUAUAAGCAAGCCCUACCUAUAGUGUUCCCAGGCUUGACAGUCGGUAAUGACCUCUCGAACCGCUCAUCCAUUGUCUCGGCUUCCAGUUCAUGGACUAUCUGGUACGACCCCGUCAGCGGCAAUAACCGCCGCUCUUCGGCCGCCAACGCACUACUGUCGGCACCUGACCAGAAACGCGCGAGCUUCGUUGUCCUCACAGACCAUAAAGUCGACAAGGUAGUCUUGAACUCGAGCCUGAGAGCCACCGGCGUGACAUUUGCGUCGAGUCCAACAGGCGAGACAUCGACAGCCUACGUGAGCAGGGAAGUCAUACUGGCGGCCGGGUCCCUCGGAACUCCUCCCAUACUCGAACGCUCAGGAAUAGGCCGUGGCGAUAUCCUUGAGCGUGCUGGUGUAAGUCAGCUUGUUGACCUGCCCGGUGUCGGUGCCAAUCUCAAUGAUCAGCCUGGCACGGGAACGUCUGCCCUGGUGCGAAAAGACUUAUGGAACGAUACGGGUCUCAUUGACGGGAGGAAUCUCUUCGCCCCUGAAAUCAGCCUGGUCAAUGUGGAUGAGCUCUGGGCUGCUGUCAAUGCUGGUUCUGCUGCAACUCUGGAGGGCGCUCAGCGUGUCUUGAAUACUUCCAUCGAUUUGAUUCUGAACUCCAGGCUGCCUGUUGGUGAAUUCGUGGCGGAGUCCUACCCCACGAUACUCUUCGCCGCCUUCUGGCCUUCGAUGCCGCUCUCGCGGGGACAUAUCCACAUCAACGCCUCAGAUCCAUUUUCCGACCCCAUCAUCACGCCAAGACUGCUCACGGAUUCUUUUGAUCAGGCUGUUGGUGUGGCCCUUGCAAAACGGUCUCGGGACCUCUUCUCCAGCAUGCCGUUCGCCGAAGUUGUCCAGGACUCGUACUACGACCCGCAUAUCGGGGUAAAUGGGACCGAUGAGGAGUACUUAGCCUGGUACAAGAGCACCACGUUUGGUGCGAGUCACUGGAUUGGAAGCACAGCUAUGAUGAAGAGGGAGUGGGGUGGUGUUGUAGAUGCCAAGUUACGGGUCUAUGGGGUCCGGGGUCUGCGAGUCGUGGAUGCUGGCACGUUACCAUUCCAGAUCACGAGUCAUCCAAUGGCUAUGCUGUAUGCCAUUGCACAGAGGGCAGCUGACAUCAUUAUGGGCAAUAUUUGA